ACCUAUCCUGAGACCACCAGGCCAGAGAAGACAUAUCCUGAGACCACCAGGCCAGAGAAGACUUAUCCUGAGACCACCAGGCCAGAGCAAACGUACCCCGAGACCACAAAGCCUACAAGAAAGGUCACAACUCCAGGAACAACAACUUCAUCUGAGACCACCAAACCUGAGAGCACUGAACCUGAGAAGACUUACCCCUGAAACCCACAACUUCAGAAUGGACUUCUACAAUUCAGGAGACAACUAAGUCUCGGUUUACAACAGAAGUUACUACUCAGUGUGCAAAGAAGGUGUAUGGCUGUUCCUUCAAGUGUGAGGAGACCUGCCACUGCUACAGGUUCAAGAUCACCCAGUGUGUGUUUGGUGACGCUUCUUCAUGUGUCCCAACAUGUGGCGAGUGUCCACCUUGUCCCAAGGGCUACGUUCGUGUGGACAGGAAUCGCUGUGUGAAGCCGACAGAAUGUCCAUGUGUUACAGCUGAUGGCAUUAUUAUUCCGCCUGGCACAACAAAGAAGAUUGGUGAGUGCCGAGUGUGUGAGUGCUACAACAACGUCCUGACUUGUCGUAACAUGUGCACAAAGCCUGAGAUCACCACAACUGUAGCAACACCAGAGACCACGUCUGUUGGUACAACAACAACAAAAACAGUACAGACUACGACAUACAAGACACCAAGAAAGGUGACAACUCCAGGGACCACUACAUCAGAGGCAUGGACCACCACAUCAGAGUCAUACACUACCAGGCCAGAGCAGACAUACCCUGAGACAACAAGGCCAGAGCAGACAUACCCUGAGACAACAAGGCCAGAGAGCACCUACCCUGAGACCACAAGGCCAGAGAGGACCUACCCUGAGACCACAAGGCCAGAGAAGACCUACCCUGAGACCACCAGGCCUGAGAAGACCUACCCCGAGACUACCAGGCCUGAGACCGAAACAACUGCUCCAGAGUACACUACAUCGGAGCCAAUAGUCACAACUCAGUGUAAGAAGAGGGUCUAUGGCUGUUCAUUCCGGUGUGAGGAGACUUGCCACUGCUACAGGAAUAAAAUCACCCAGUGUAUCCGAGGUGACAGGAGUUCCUGUGUCCCAACUUGUGGAGAGUGCCCACAGUGUCCUCCAGGGUAUCUCCGCAAGGACCAGUACCACUGCAUCAAGCCGACAGAGUGUGACUGUAUCACUGAUGGAGGUGUUGUGGUCAAGGCGGGAGAGACGAAGGAAAUCGAUGAUUGCACUGUAUGCAGGUGCUACAAUAACAAGCUUGUGUGUUCCAACUUCUGUACAACAUCAAGUGUAACAACCACGAAAAUGGUUGAAACCACAGGCUACCAACCGACAGUUACAACUACCUCUGAAACAUACACCACCAAGCCUGAGACAUACACCACCAAGCCUGAGACAUAUACUACCACUGUGCCUGAGACCUACACUACCAGGCCAGAGACUGAUACAACAACGUACAAAACGCCAAGGAAGGUUACUACACCCUCUACGACUACAACUCCAGGGACAUGGACCACCGAGCCUGAGACCUACACCACCAAGCCUGAGACCUACACCACCAAGCCUGAGACAUACACUACUAGGCCUGAGUCAUAUACUACCAAGCCUGAGACAUACACCACCAGGUCUGAGACGUACACCACCAAGCCUGAGACGUACACCACCAAGCCGGAGACAUACGCCACCAAGCCUGAGACAUACACUACCAGGCCUGAGACAUACACUACAGUUGUAACAACAACAUACAAGACACCGAGGAAGGUGACAACUCCAUCUUCUACCACAGAGGUGUUCACAACUAAGCCUGAAACAUACACCACCAAGCCUGAGACAACAAUAACAUCAGGUGUCUCUACAACAAUCCCACAAACAUACACCACUGUUACAACUGAAUGUGCAAAGAAGGUAUAUGGCUGUUCCUUCCGUUGUGAGGAAACCUGCCACUGCUACAGGUACAAGAUCACACAGUGCCAGCGUGGUGACAGGAGUUCAUGUGUACCUACCUGUGGUGAGUGCCCUGCAUGUCCUAAAGGCUACAUCAGGAAGGACCUGUAUCACUGUGUCAAGCCUACAGAGUGUGACUGUAUCACCGAUGGAAACGUUGUUGUACCGGCGGGCAAGACAAUUAAGGUCGGCCAAUGUCAGGUAUGCACAUGUUACCAGAACACCUUGACGUGUUCCAACUUGUGCACGACCUCGGCUACAACAGAGGCAACAGCAACAACAACAACACGGGCAAUCACCACUGGAUACAAGACACCUCGAAAGGUCACAACACCAGUUACAACACCAGUCACAAGGCCAACAACACCAACUCCAUCAGUGACAACUAACGCACCAACCACCCGAUGCUAUGAGGAACAUGAGGUCUGCUCCUGGACCAGCUGGAUGGAUGCCUGCUACCCAACACCAGCUGUCCGUGGUGACGAUGAGUCUUUCACUAGCCUCCGUCGCCACGGCUUUAAGAUUGGUGGGCCAAACCAGAAGAUCACCAGGAUCCAAUGCCGCACUGUGGGCACACAUAUCGACUACACAAAGACAGGCCAGAAUGUUGUGGCUAACUGUGAGGUCGGCUGUGUCUGUACUCAUGCCACUGGUCCUAGCAAGUUCCAGAUGAUGAUGAGAGGAAUCAGCCCAUACUGUUACAACUAUGAAGUGCGUCUGCUGUGCUGCAACGCUAAUGUUGCCAUCUGCUCCAAAACAACUACUCCAAGUACUCCAACUACACCAGAGAAGACGUACCCAGAGACCACCAGGCCAGAGGUUACUGAGCCAGAGAAGACCUACCCUGAGACCACCAAGCCUGAGGUUACUGAGCCAGAGAAGACCUACCCCGAGACCACCAAGCCUGAGGUUACUGAGCCAGAGAAGACCUACCCUGAGACAACCAAGCCUGAGGUUACUGAGCCAGAGAAGACCUACCCUGAGACCACCAAGCCCGAGGUUACUGAGCCAGAAACAACUAAGCCUACGAGAAAGGUCACAACUCCAAGUACAGCUCGUACUACACGUCCAGAUGUUACUGAGCCAGAGAAGACCUACCCUGAGACCACCAAGCCAGAGGUUACUGAGCCAGAGAAGACCUUCCCAGAGACAACUAAACCUGUAUGGACAACUGUUCCUGAAACGACCAAACCUUGGUAUACUACAGAACUUACAACUGCGUGUGACAAGAAGGUCUAUGGCUGCUCAUUCAAGUGUGAGGAAACCUGCCAUUGCUACAGGUUUAAGAUCACCCAAUGUAUGUACGGCGACAGAAGUACCUGUGUGCCUACAUGUGGUGAAUGUCCACCAUGUCCCAAGGGAUACAUCCGUAAGGAUCGUGAACAUUGUGUGAAGCCAACAGAAUGUCCAUGUGUCACAGCAGAUGGAACCGUUAUUCCGCCUGGCCAAAAGAAGCAGAUUGAUGAAUGCAAUAUCUGUGAAUGUUACAACAACAACCUGAGAUGUGAGAACUUCUGCACCACCACAACUCCAGUAAUUGUAAGUACGACCAGCAUUGUUGUUACUACCAAGCCUGAAGUCACAACAACAUCAACCACUGAGACCACCAGGCCAGAGAAAACCUAUCCUGAGACAACCAGGCCAGAGACUGAAACAACAACAUACAAAACACCUAGAAAGGUCACAACUCCUUCCACGACAACUCCAGAAACAUUCACCACCAGGCCAGAGAGGACCUACCAAGAGUCCACCAGGGUUGUGCAGACUUACCCUGAGACCACCAGGCCAGAGAGGACCUACCAAGAGUCCACCAGGGUUGUGCAGACUUACCCUGAGACCACCAGGCCUGAGCAGACUUACCCUGAGACCACCAGGCCAGAGAAGACAUACCCUGAGACAACCAAACCAAAGAAGACUUACCCUGAGACCACCAGGCCAGAGAAGACUUACCCUGAGACAACCAGGCCAGAAAAGACUUACCCUGAGACCACCAGGCCAGAAAAGACAUACCCGGAAACCACCAAGCCAGAGAAGACCUAUCCUGAGACAACCAGGCCAGAGAAGACAUACCCUGAGACCACCAGGCCAGAAAAGACCUACCCUGAGACCACCAGGCCAGAGAAGACUUACCCCGAGACUACAAGGCCAGAGCAGACUUACCCUGAGACCACCAGGCCAGAGAAGACCUACCCAGAGACAACCAGGCCAGAGAAGACUUACCCAGAGACCACCAGGCCAGAGAAGACUUACCCAGAGACAACCAGGCCAGAGAAGACCUACCCUGAGACUACAAAGCCUACAAGAAAGGUCACAACUCCAGGAACAACAACUUCAUCUGAGACCACCAAACCAGAGAGCACUGAACCUGAGAAGACUUACCCUGAAUCCACAACUUCAGAAUGGACUUCUACAAUUCCGGAGACAACUACGUCUCGGUUCACAACAGAAGUGACCACUCAGUGUGCCAAGAAGGUGUAUGGCUGUUCCUUCAAGUGUGAGGAGACCUGCCACUGCUACAGGUUCAAGAUCACCCAGUUUAAGAUCACCCAAUGUAUGUACGGCGACAGAAGUACCUGUGUGCCUACAUGUGGUGAAUGUCCACCAUGUCCCAAGGGAUACAUCAGGAAGGACCGUGACCACUGUGUGAAGCCAACUGAAUGCCCAUGUGUUACAGCUGAUGGAACUGUCAUUCCGCCUGGUGAAAAGAAGCAGAUUGAUGAAUGCCAUAUCUGUGACUGUUACAACAACAACCUGAGAUGUGAGAACUUCUGCACUACCACAACUCCAGUUGUGGUGAGUACAACGACCAUAGUUGUAACCACGCCAACAACAACAACAACCACUGGUAGUACAGCCGAGACCACUAGGCCCGAGAAGACCUACCCUGAGACGACCAAGCCAGAAACUGAAACAACAUACAAAACACCAAGAAAGGUGACAACUCCUUCAUCUACAACUACAGAGACAUUCACUACCAGGCCAGAGCAGACCUACCCCGACACCACCAAGCCAGAGAGGACAUACCCUGAGACCACCAGGCCAGAGAGGACCUACCCUGAGACCACCAGGCCAGAGAAGACCUACCCUGAGACGACCAAGCCAGAAACUGAAACAACAUACAAAACACCAAGAAAGGUGACAACUCCUUCAUCUACAACUACAGAGACAUUCACUACCAGGCCAGAGCAGACAUACCCUGAGACUACCAGGCCAGAGAAGACCUACCCCGAGACAACAAGGCCAGAGAGGACAUACCCUGAGACAACAAGACCAGAGAAGACAUAUCCUGAGACCACCAGGCCAGAAAAGACAUAUCCUGAAACCACCAGACCAGAGAGAACCUACCCUGAGACUACAAGCUGUUACGACAUGUGCCACAGCAUGCGCCAGUCUGUCACCGAGUGUAAGUACGGUCACGACGAGACCUGUGUUCCUCAGUGCGGAUACCACAGAAAGUGUCCAAAGGGCUACUGCCUCAUCUCCUCCAAUGAAUGUGUUCGGGAAGUGGACUGUGAUUGCCGCCUGGAGAAUGGAACAGUUGUACAGCCCAACACCAAAUGGAUGGAGGGCAAGUGUAUGCAGUGCUCUUGCGAAGCAAACAAGAUGGUCUGCAGAGACAUCUGUCAAGUGACCACCACCACACCUGUAACUGAACCAACUGCCACAACCGUUACAACAACAACAACAACAGCAAAAACAACAACACUGGCCACGACCACCACCACCAAGACUACAAGACCACCUCAUGAAGACAAGUGUUUCUGUUAUGGUUAUGGCAAGUGUGGCCACUUCGUCAGCUAUGACAGCUGUCACUACAACUUUGAUGGCAGGUGUACUUACGUUCUGACAAGGGAUAUGGGCAAACAGGAGUUCGAAGUGAUGACAGUUCUUGAUGAAUGCGGCUUCCCUGGAACCACAUGUCCAGUAGCUCUGAUUGUACGCUACAGGGACUGCGAGAUCAAGAUGGAGGCUGGUUACAAGGUAUUGUCCAAUGGCAAAUACCACCAAGUCACCAGUACAUGUCCAUUCGUAUACAACGGCAUUGUGGUGGAGAGGGUUGGCUUCCAGCUGGUGGCCACAGUGAAGGCAGUUGGCCUGGAGGCUAAAUAUGACUGCGUCAACAAGGCGUUCAAUGUCCUCAUCUCCAACUUCUACAUCGGCAAGACUGAAGGCUUGUGCGGUAUUUGUAAUCAGGACAAGUCGGAUGACUUCACCCUCCGUGAUGGCAGCGUCACGAAGAACGUUGUAGCAUUCGGACGGGAUUGGCUGGUGGAGAGGAAGUCCAUCGCCUGUAACGAAAUCAAGCCAGUCACACCAUGUCCUAAACGUGACGAAUCCAUCUGCAACAUUCUGUGGACUAAUGCUUUUGCAGCUUGCCACAACGUUGUUGACGUGAUGAAGUACUACGAUGCCUGCCUAUAUGAUGAGUGUUACGCUAACAACACCUGCAGUGUGCUCGCGGCUUACGCUGCAGAAUGUCGCAGCUGUGGUGUCGUCUUGUCUUGGAGGACUAAGAAGUUCUGUCAGGUUACCACAACACCACAAAUCACCACUACCAUCACACCUACUACACCUCCCAAGGAAUGUUUCUGCUUCGGGUAUGGUGAAUGCCACUUCAGCACCUUUGACAGUCGCUCCUACAAGUACUGUGGACGUUGCACACAUCUGCUCUCUCGUCACAACGCCAAGAAUCCAGACUACGAGGUCUACAUCAGCAAUGAGGCUUGUCCAAAUAACCCGAGCUACACCUGCACCAGGUCUGUGAAGGUGCUCUGUGGGAAGACUCAGGUGGAACUCAUGGCAGGAUUCAAGGUGAUCAUUGAUGGCUCUGCCCGUCGGGUGCCCAGAGGUGUCACCAUCCCCAUCAACAAUGGCGCCAUGACUGUGCGCUGCGUGGGUCUCCGUCUGAUCCUGAACUAUGAACGCUAUGGUCUGGAGGUGCAGUACGACGACUCUUGCCAUGGAUUCAGUGUAACUGUUCCCAACGACCGAUAUGGCUCGAACACCGAGGGUCUUUGUGGUGUCUGCAAUGGACAGUACAAGGUCAAUGACUUCAACAAGUUUGGCCGCUCCUGGUUCAUCGAUGAUGGCGCCAAGCACUGUCAGACACUCCCACCACCCACACCAACCUGCUCACCUGUGCAAACCUCCGUGUGCGACAUCCUGCAUUCCUCCGUAUUCGCACCUUGCCACUCCUACGUCAAUGUCAAGAGCUUCAAGGGCCAAUUACGUGCCCACCAACAUUCGUCUAUGACCCAUGUGGUUCUGGAUGCCCCGAGACCUGUGAGAACACUGCCUACUACCAGAAGAAGGUGGCAGGACGCUGUAGCCAUCCAUGUGUUGAGGGUUGUCGCUGCCCUGAAGGAAAGGUUCUUGACGGAGUCCAUUGUGUAG